GCAACAACCAACAAGUAUCUUUAAAUUGAAUCUAAUAAUGUAAUAUCAGCUAAACAUUUUAAUUUUCGACCGGCCUUAUAACACGCAAACUUUGGCCAUACAUGAUCGUCUUUGUUUCCAAUGUGACAAAAUUAACACGCCUAAACACAUCUUUUUGUUUCACCCUUUACCUUAAAUAUUCCAAUUCUAUCAUAAUAUUUAAAUAUAUAAUUAUUAUAGCAUUAUCUAUAACCAUAACAUAAGCCUAAAAUCCUAUAUUAUAACACAUAGCUACAUGUCCUUAACAUAGAAUUCUAAUGGGUGAUCGCAAUAACAAGACUCAAGAAAAGCCAAUUUUGCAAGAUCUUGAAAGUUUGUACCUAGGAAUCCCAGAUGAAUCCGUUAACCUCACUUUUCAAGACCUUGCUAAUGUGAAUACAACCACAAUAAACACUAAUCAACAUGUUUCCGAAGGUGCUAACAAUAUUCCAAUAAGGGCAAAUUCGUCAAAUUCUCCUUCACUAGGCAAAAUACCUAGUCUUGAUUUCAGCAAAGGCUUGCAAGCUUCUAUUCAACAUAAUAACCACCAACAUGACAUUGGCCGCGGUGACUCGUCGUGGGGUCAUUUUGGCCACCGAGUUGAGGCGAGUCGAGGGCAUGUACAUGUUCAUGAUCCUCAAUUUGAUCAGGCAAGUGGGGGUGUAAAAAGUCCUCGACCAAGGAAUGGUAGUGAUGAUCAUUCGGCUUAUAGCAUGAGCUAUAAUGAUAUGAGUGGGCAAUCUGGAAGAGGUGGUGGUGGUGGACGACGGCGGCCUGGAAUUCCUCACUCUAAGAUUUGUACAAUUUGUAGUACAUAUGUUUAUGUCUUCCGCACUAGAUGUUUGGUAUGCGGCAGAGUCUAUUGCUGCAGAUGUGUGAAAAUAGGAAUGGGAGAGAUGGUUGAAGGAAGAAAGUGUAUAGAAUGCCUUGGAUUGAAAUUCAGCCAAAGGUACAUAGAAAGAGCAGGGAAGGUAGGGUGUUGCAAUUGGAGGUACCCAAUUACAUUGAAGCAAGUUGAGCUCAUAUGUGCUGAGAAAGGACCAAGAAGGAGUAGAAGAUCAUCAUAUGGUCAAAGUGGAGUAGCAACCACAACAUCAAGAAGCCCUAGAAUUACUCCAACAAGUACUCAUGCUAUUGGUGGUAGCAAUGAACACUCUUUUGUUUUGUCCUCAUCAUUUUCUCCUUUCUCUCCUCAUCACAAUAACCUCCCUUUUUAAAGAGUGAUGAUAUAAUUUAUAUUUUAUUUAUGACAUAAAUGUAUCCUGUAGAGAAUGUCUCAUGAGGCAAGAGAUAGUCUUUCAUAAUACUAGUAAUAACUUGUGUUUGACUUUAUUAAUGGAUGGCAUUUUAUUCAAUUUUUUA